AUGGCCGGCGUCCAGCACCUGCAUCAGCCACCACCUUUUGAAAGCUUGGACAAGCUCAUCGAUGGACGCGUCACGUGGUCGCUUGCGGGGCUGUCCCUCUACUCUCUCGCCCAACUUGCACUCGGACAGCUGACGCCCAUACCCAACCUCGUCGGUCUCGUCGCAUGGCCCACCAUUGGCGCGCUGCACUACUACAAACAAAAAGUGGCAAACGACCGCAAGGGCGCUUUCGCCGCCGGCCUGUUGUCCACCCCGGGAUCUCCCAGGGAACACGAACACCGAACCGCGUUUAUCAGGUUUACCAGUGUGGUCAAUGCCGCCGUCAUGGUGCUGACCGCUGGCUCCCUGUACGCGCUCGACAAGGAGACUGCCGCGCCCUUCAUCUCAGUGAUCGUUGCGUCCGUCCUCGGCUCGUUCUUCGUCUUCACGGUCAUUGGUCAAUUGCGGGAGGGCCUGUACAAUGUGGUGCAGGAUCGCGACGCGGGUACUUCUUCUAGAGGUACAGACUCCAGUGAUCCAGCUCCCGGCGCUCUUGGGUCGUUCUUUACCAAGUGGUUGAACAAGCCCGCCCUUCACAACCGAGUGGCCAAGUUUCGGCGGUUCAUUGCCCGUCCCGGCAUGUGGGAGGUGGUGGCUGGAGCCCUCUACGUGUGUAUCCGACGAACAAGGGGCUCAGCAGUCGCCGCCUUGAUGCUCAAUGUCGCCGCGGUUAUCCGACAGCGGCGCAAGGCCACCGCCGCGGAGGAGUUUGAGGAGGACGAGGACAUUCCGGCGGCAGAAGCAGGCUCGCCUACAAAGUCAAGGCAUCCGCUCUCCGACUACCCCGCCAUGCCCGCCAAGGCGGAUCUUCUCCACAAAGAGUUGUAA